AUGUCCACGUCGCCAGGAGGCACUGUUGAGAGUUUUGAGACUUACACUCAGGGAGCUGAGCGAGAUGAACAGGGUUCAGGAGACCUUCCAACUUACAACGAUGUUGCAGCUCAAAGUGGUCCAAAUUCACGCUUUGGUCGCUGGAGAGGCUGGAUAGAAAAGAGAGCCGCAGAGCGUUAUGCAGACGUCACUGCCGAGGAAUUUCAGCGCAGGCGAGCUAGAGGCUGGAGUGAAGAUGGGUCUUCGCAAGCUGCUUGUCGCAGCUCAACACUGCAGCGCUUAACAAUAAAUGCAGAUCUUCCUCCUCCUCCGCAGGUACUUCGCGAUGAAUGCACAACCCCCGAACCAUCUCUGGAGCCUUCUCUGCACAUACCAGAGGAACAUCUGUCCCCAACUCAUCUCUCAAUCCAUCAUUUCGGAUCCCGUUUUUUACCACACUCAACUGCGCCUAUCAGAUGUAUUCUUCCUCUCCAGCAUGAUCGUCUCCUGCUCAUGGGCACCGAUGUCGGGCUGUCAGUCCUUAACAUGUUCCCUGCAAAGUGGGCUGAUGAGACAAGUCCUGAUGGGGUGACUGGCCUCAUCCAGAAGGGACCUGCUGACGCACAGGCCAAAGUAAUGUGGACAGGAGAGGCUGUUUACCAGUUGUCGCUGUUGGAGUACGAAGACGCCGGUGAAAGUGCCCCGCAGGGGGUCGUACUUGCUUUGGUCGGUCCUGAGCUCGAAGAUUCUCUAUCUCCUGGCGCGCAUCAAGAAUCCCCGCGCUUUCUCAGAAUGUAUAAACUCGCAAGUCUGACCAGCCUGGCGAGGUGGACCAUCGCGCAUCAAGACGCACAGCCAGUUGAUUUGCACAGGUUGUCAGACUGGCAUCCCCAAGAGACACCAGUGAAGAAGCACAGACCAGCAAAUAGUAUCACGAGAGGCUUACGAAAUCUCAUCACCGAGCCCCCCACUCGUAAGCGACGAUCCAGUUUCCUUCCAACAUCAAAUACAAAUCGCCAGUCGAUACCACCAAAAAGGGAAUCAUCUUGGGAUGUCGUUGACGAUUUACCAUUGCGCUGGGCUACUGAUUUUACGUCACUCUCGUCGACCGGGUCCAGAAUGUCGAAUACUAGCGUGGUUUCCUAUGCCCUCUGGCACGAAGGUAGCACGAGCUCCACUCGUCGUGCACUGCUAGCUGUGGCAACCAAGACCAACAUACUUUUAUACGAGACUCCGAGAGGGGAGAGGGCUUUUCAUUUCGUGAAGGAAUUUUACACUCCAUCCCCGCCACGCUCUCUUACCUUCGUUCAGCAAUGCGUACAAGAUACAUUUCGAUCCCUGUCUGAUGUCGGAUCUUCUCGAACGACUGUUGGGUAUAGUCACAACCGUGUAGCUUCCGCAGAUACCUCGAGCAACCCGCGUACACCCGUAGCUGCACCUGUGAACAUCGCAUAUGAAGCCCAAACAGCAAUUUUUGUGGUGUUCGACAAAAGGGCUGGAAUCAUACGAGUAGCUGAUUCAGCAGUCACGGAAGUGGAUAUGUUCGAAAUGAACACUGGAGGAUCUCUCCCAAGUCGUCGGUCUCGAGGUUCGGUCGAUUUCGCGGCUGGAAAAGAACACAAAGGCGCUUGGGUUCUACCCUCAAAAGCCGACAUCCCAAUCAUACAUAUUCCUCACCUUGGUGCCUCCUACAGCAGCGUUUUUGUCCUCACGCGUGGCAAAAUCACACACAUCGUUGCUGCCCCCCUUCCCGCAUGUAUCCAAGCCACGCCUCCUUUGUACACCAUAACCUGGGAUUUCCCGCCUUCGAGCGUGACUGUUCGAACGCAUCUGCCAGCGUCGGGCAGUCCACAAGAAGUCCCUGAACCUUUCUUACAGUUGAUUGGGAUGGGCGAUGAAGGCGUCGAGGCACACGAAGUGCCUCUAUCAUACCUUUCCGGGAAUUGUAAGGGUAAAGGCAAGGUACUUCCUGAGCCUCCCUUUGCGCAGAAUCCACUCGGCGAGGCUGGAUUCCUCACGGUUGGAGGACGUUGGCGUCGUUACAUCGGCGCGCCUCAGUUGGAGAGAAUGAAUUCCGCCAUGUCCACCAUGUCCACCAUGUCCACCAGCUCGUUUGAGACGGAGGAACUCUUAUCGCGCGCGAAAGCCGAGGAAGGUGUAUAUGGGUGGUGGCGGAAGGAGUGGCAGGACUGGCGAAUCUUCUGGUUAGGAAGUGACACCAGCAGUCCUGUGGAUGGCUGA